AAGGACCCCUCCCAUAAAAAAAUAAAAACAAAUCACAUUUUUUAUGUAACUGUUUAACAUAAUAAUCUCAGCCUCAACACACAUAUAUAGAUUAGCCAACAUCACACAAACACAGAGAUUCCAAAAAAUAAAUAAAAGAAACAUAAAUCCUCCGAUGAGAUGAGACAAGGAGGAGAAUAUUCUCCGGCGAUGAUGUCAUCAGAUCCAUUCUUGACCAUGAAGAAGAUAAAGAAGAGCAAUCACAACAAGAACAAUCAGAGAAGGUUUAGCGACGAGCAGAUCAAGUCACUGGAGAUGAUGUUCGAGUCUGAGACAAGGCUUGAGCCAAGGAAGAAGGUUCAACUAGCUAGAGAGCUAGGGUUGCAGCCGAGGCAAGUGGCUAUAUGGUUUCAGAACAAGAGGGCUCGUUGGAAAUCGAAGCAGCUCGAGACUGAGUACAACAUUCUUAGACAAAACUACGACAACUUAGCUUCUCAGUUUGAGUCCUUAAAGAAAGAAAAACAAGCUUUAGUCUCUGAGUUGCAGAGGCUAAAAGAGGCGAUGCAGAAGAAGACUCAGGAUGAGGAAAGGCAGUGUUGUAGAGAUCAAGCUGUGGUGGCUCUAAGCAGCACAGAUCAUGAAUCAGAAAACGAAGAGAACCGGAGGCGUGAACCGGAAGAGGUUAGACCGGAGAUGGAGAUGAAAGAUGAGAAGGGUCACCAUGGGGUUAUGUGUGAUCAUCAUAAUCAUGAUGAUUAUGAUGAUGAUGAUGGUUACAAUAACAACAUCAAGAGAGAGUAUUUUGGUGGGUUUGAGGAAGAACCAGAUCACUUAAUGAACAUUGUUGAACCAGCUGAUAGUUGUUUGACAUCAUCUGAUGAUUGGAGAGGUUUCAAAUCAGAUACUACUACUCUCUUGGACCAAUCCAGCAACAAUUACCCUUGGUGGGAUUUUUGGUCAUGAAUGAAAUAAAGUAAAAACAAGAAGAUGAAACAGAUUUAGUCUUUUGCAGACCAAAGAUUGGAUAUAUACAUAUUCAAAUCGAAAUUUACCUGUAUGCAUCGCAAGAACCGAGCCACGGAUAUAGAGGUAUUCGGUCCAGCAACUGACUCGUCUGACAGCGAGAAUUUUGCAGGAGUUUGAGCUGAAAUUGUAUGGUUUUGUCUGUAUAAAUUAUGUGUUUAGAAAGUCGUAUAUUCUCAGUUAAGUCUUUGUAAUCCUGUUUUAAGUACUCGUCAUGCUUUGUAGCUAAUUAGUAGUAAAUUUAAGACCAAAUUUGGAUGGAAUAAAAAAUAAAAGGUAGGAGAAA